AUGGAGAUUAAUAUAAAUAAUGCAUUUAGAGAAACAAUAAAACUAACAUGUGGACCGUGUGUAGAAAAAUAUCAUGUUCUUACUGAAAUCAAUCAAAAAAUAUGGUUACAAAUAAUACAUUAUUUACUAAAGAAGCCUGUGUUAUCGACAGUAUUAUUUUCAAUAUUUUUAAUUUUAUUCAGUGUUACAUUGUCCGCUGUAUUUAUAAUCCUCUUAGGAGUAUUUAUUCUUGCUACGAUCAUCUUACUCUUUGAAGGUUUCGUAUUUAUUGUACUUGUAACAGGAAUUAGUAUGGUUUUAGCGUCGAUUUCACUUGUUAUAAUGAUAAUAGCCGGGGUAAAGUACAACGAAUCAAUAAUAAAUCAUUUAGAUUAGGAUUGUUAUCUCAGUGGACGUCAUGAUAAUUUUUCAGAUUAAUGUUUCUUUCAAAUAUACUCAUUCUGAUAUUAUGUUUAUAAUAGUACCUAUUGUGAAUAAAAAACAAGAAUAGUGACAUAAUAUAUCAGACAUGAAUAUGAUCAUUGAUCAGACAUGAAAUACCUAUUUAGAAUAUACAUACAAGUAAAUGUUACAAUUCACAAUAAUUGUGAUUAAAUAAGUAAUGAAGUUUUAAUGAAUAUAUUAAGAUUAUAAAUUGAUUUGAUUAGAUAUUUAAAAACUUGGGAUGAUUCUAUCCUGUAUUAGGUGAUAACUUUGAGUUUAGCCUGUAUUUUUUACAUACACGUCUAGUGUGAAAUAAAAUAUAUUAAGACUUCUAUAGUUUCGAUAAGGUUACUUGCAGGUAGAUGUUAUACCAUUGAAAAUGAAUGUAGUAUGUCAUGUCUUGACAUAGAGUAGGAACUUGGAAGUUUCAAUCUCUAACGAACUUAUCCAAUUCUAGAAAAAUUGUAGUUAUUAUAACAAAAAAUACUUUAUAUAAGAUUUAUUAAUACAAUUUG